UUUUCUCCUCUCCACUUGUUCUCCCCACUGUCGGUGGCGACGGGCGGUCAUGUGAUGUUUUAAUACCCUGGGAUUUUCUUCUGGGCACGCUCCGAACGGCCUCAGUCCAGACCUUAUUUAUCGCCCGUUGCAUGUUUAACAUGGCUCCACCUGGCCGUAGGACGACGUGUUAGAGCGCCGCCCUUUUAUGCCUUUGAUGGACUCUAUAUGCGGUGAAAAAAGGCAGAAGCAAGGCGUGGCGGCAUCAGUCGUGCAGGUGGCUGCCCAUUCAGCCCCAGCAUGUUGUAGGCGGUUGCUCCAGACAGGAAGACAGGAGUGUAGCAAACAACAAAGAAGAGACGUGACGUGAAGUGAAGGGGAGAAACAGAGGAAGUCAACAUGACACCGGUAGACCAGCUGGAGCAGUAAUGAACACAAUCCAGCUGCAAGGAACAGCACCAAUACACACCAAUCUGCAGGGCUGUGAUUUGAUGAUGAAAGGGAAGGUGAACACUGCUGCUGAGAAGAACAGUCACACUAAAAGUACAAACAUGGUGUCAGACCAGUUUCAAGACGUCCAACCUUGUGCACGGACGUCCCGAACACCGAGAAAGGCAGCUACAUUUGGGAAGCGCUCCAACUCCAUGCGCAGGAAUCCUAAAGCAGAAGUCAGCAAAGCAGGAUGGCUGUACAAGCAGGCCAGUAGCGGAGUGAAGCAGUGGAACAAGAGAUGGUUUGUACUAUCUGACAGAUGUCUGUUCUACUAUAAAGAUGAGAAGGAGGACGCUGUGCUAGGGAGUUUGCCUCUGCUCAGUUUCCGGAUUGGAGGAGUGCAGCCUUUGGAUAACAUCACCCGCAAGUUUGCCUUUAAGGUGUGGUUGGAAGAGGCAGAGGAACAGCAAGAGAAUGGGGAGUUGAAAGCUCCUGUUGUGUUUUGCGUACAGGCGGAACAUGCUGGAACCAGAACAUAUUACUUCAGUACAGACAGCUAUGAAGAGCAGAAGGAGUGGAUCACAGCCAUGAGUGAGGCUGCAGAGGUCAACGUUCAUCCAUCACAGAGAUCAACCAGGGCUGUCACAGCUGACCAGGCCAUGGUUACUAGAGACACUGACCUGCAAAUAGAACUCAAACAACAGACAGAACCUAACGAAAAUGACAUUACAGUAGACACGUUGGAAACACCCCCAUUGUCAACCCCUUGCUCUGGUCAUGGCACAGUUCAUAAGAAUGGGAGACACAGAGAUGGUGGAGGACAAACUGAAGAUGAAGGUGGAGGGCCUGGUUGUGGCAAUGCUCAAACAAACCAGAAUCCAAAUGGUUGGAGCAAUCAUUUCCCCCCCGGCUCCAUGCUCCAAAACUACAACAGCAAACCUGCUCAGUCCCAAAGUCACAGCACUUGUACACCUCAAAGACAACCAGAAAGAGUUGUCCACCCACCAAAAGACUUAAGGGAACAGCACCACAAUGUUGUCCUGAGGAGGGGUUUUGUUCCCAGAACUGCCCCUGAGAGAGCGGCCCAAAGGAAAAGCUCAAUGGCACAGCUGCAGCAUUGGGUCAACCAGCGGCGGGUCAUGGUGUCCCAGGAGGACAUCAACAGUCCAUGCCAUUAUUACCCAGCGAGUCAAGGGUUGAACUACUAUGGCUACGCUAGUGGCCCCCACUAUUUGGAGGAGUACCCGCUGUACCCACCAGGAGUCCGGCCUGAUAGCAUUUGCUCUGUCUCUGCCGUGGGGGGCUAUGACAACCGCUGGGCUAUUGAGGAAAAGCGACGCUCAUUGAGGGAUGGGCCUCACCAGUUGUACGGUCCGCCCACCCCGAGGGACUCAUGGGGACCACAGUACUACAGUGGAGUUGAGAAGUCUAUGAGACGUCUUUCCAUCCAGCCGCGUUCCAGGUCUGUGCCCAGGUCACCAUCCUUGUCCUCUCGGGGGGCCUACUCACCAGUGUCAAAUAACUUUGCCUCACCGGCUCGAUCACCAUCUGCACAUUUUGACCGUUUUUCGGGGAGGAUGAGGGAUGACGUGAUCUAUGCUGAUCCGUCUGUCUAUAACCUAAGGAGAUCACUCAGCUCGCCAAAGUAUGACUACUCUGGUGAUAGGAGGUCCAUAAAUCAAGGACUAUACCACCACAACUACCCUGUUUCCCCUUCCAUCCACAAUAAAAUGGACGACAUAUUAGAUCUCCAGCUCCAACGCAACUUGGAUUAUUUAGACCAGCAGGUGCCUCCUUUCCAUGAUGUCUACAGAGAGUUACACCCAACACUGAAGCUAAAUGAAAUUGAAACAAGCAAACUCUUGGGGCGGCUGUGUGAGCAAAAUCACAUUGUGAAAGAUCACGAAGCAGUGGUCCACAGACUCCGAAUGGACAAGGACAGCCUCGAGGAGGCAUUGGUGGCUACCCAUCAGGAGAUGGAGAAGUACCAUAACCAGCCUGUCGCCGUGGAAAAGCUACAUAUCAAAAAGGAAACCCUCCAAAACCAGCUAAUCAACAUCAGAGGGGAGCUGUCCCAGGCCUCAAAUGCUUUAACUACCACUCGUAUGGAAUUUGAAGCAUUAGAGGAUGAGGCUCACGCUAUUCACGGAGAUCUAUGGGAACAACUUAAUGGCGGCUUGCAGAGUGAAUUGGUUCGAAGGCACAUCCAGAAAGAGUUUUGGAGAGUCCAGGAUAUAUUAGAGGGCCUACACAAGAAUCACUCAUCCAGAGGCACUGAUACAGCAAAGCACAGAGUGGCCAGUGGUGCUUCGGGCUCCUUUAGCACCAAUAGUCCAGCCAGUCCCCUCAGCUCAGUAAGCCUCACCAGUCCUCUCAGCCCCUACUCCCCAGUGCCCGGCUCCCAGGUCUCCCCCUCUAAACACCUGGGCCCGGAGGAAAGUGCACCCCCAAGGCCCCCCCUCCCCAAGUCCUAUUUCGCUUUGGAACCUUCUACUUCCUUUCCCCCCUCUAUUCCCCCCUUGCCCUUUGACAGCACCAUCUGGCUACACAGCUUGGGAAUCGAUGAUGGUUUCUUUGAUGUUGAAGAUUCUCACAUCAGAAAGAUUAAGUUCGGAGAACAGAAUAAUAUUGGUGCUCCACAAGACCAAGGCCCAGAAAGGCAAUCCGCCAUGAAUAAAGUUGGUAUUGUCCCUCCAAGAACCAAGUCACCUGCUGACGACUCACCGAGCUGGUCUGCUAGAGUUUCCCAUCAUAAUGGGAGAAUGCCUAAUGGGAUUACUAGGGAGCGUCCAAAGAGUGCUGUGUUUCCAUCUGAGCUUAGGUCCAAGAUGAGUGUGGAGGAACAAAACGAAAGGAUCCGUCGCAACCAGAGCACCUCUGUACGGGACAAAAGAAGGAGUCUUAAUCUUUCAGGCGGGCAGUCUCCAGCGAGCUACAGAGUGAUUCGACGGCGGCAAACGGCUCAUGAGAUUGACAUCAAGGAUUUAGAGGCAGCAGUCAGAGGACAGGGACUGGAGUCACCUCGUGAGGAAAUCGCCCGUUUGAGACGGUUACAGAUUGAACCAGAACACUAUGACCUUGACAUUAACAAAGAGCUAAUGGCUCCUGACAAGGUUGUUAUCCCAGAGCGCUACUUGGAUAUGGAAGAUAACACCCCUCUGAGCCCCGAGGAGCAGAAGGAAAAGCAGAAGAAACUCGAGCGGAUCAAGACCUUAAUUGCCAAAUCCAAUCUGCAAAAUGUGGUUCCUGUCCUGGACGGCCCCGUCGAGGGCGGAGCCUCAGUCAAUUCCCAGCAGCAAUUGCAGGAGCAGCAGAAGCGCAUUGAGAUCUCCUGCGCGCUGGCUGCCGAAGCCUCUCGUCGCAGCCGCCUCCUCUCGGCCCAGUGUGCCCCAGAACCCCCCACAUCCCCAACCAGCCUGCACCCUCCCCCUUCCUCUGCUGACUUCCCCACCUCCUCAUUAUGAAUGCCUGACUAGGACCAGCUCAAGCCCUGUCUGCUGUCAAGUUUGAUGGAGCAUCUUUUUGAGGACUUACUGUGUGAAACUGACAAUGCUGAUUUACCUCAAACAAAAAAGUGACAUGAACUUUUUAAAGCACCUUGAUCCAACGAAAUCAAGGCGAGUUGUCGGCAUCCCAGCGAGGAAACAGAGCGCCUCCACUUGGAAGAAAGCGACACAGACUAAACGAGCAACUCCGCAACAUUCAAUUCAUCCUGCGCUGUAACCCUGCAACCCAGUGGCCAGUAUCGACUGUAUGUUUCCUACCAGAGCGCUCAAGUGUAAUAUAUCUCGUGCUUCAAAAUAUGUAAAACGGCAACAUCAUUUAGCUCAGGACAAAGUAGAGAUUACUGAUGGACUGUGAAUGAAAGUAAGAUUCUUGGAUUCCAUUUUCAUUUAAAGCAAGGUAAUAAUAACAACCUGUUCUGGGUUUUAAAGAGCUCACUGACACGUGGCACCUUCAGUGAGAACACACCAGUGCUUUCAGACCCAAUGAGUUCCCAAUGAGGUUGGGUUUUGAACCGCGAUGGCAGUCAUGGGAACAUUGACUACUGACUGGACAAAAAAGCCUUUUAUUCAGUCUGAAAAAUAAAAUACCUGAUCCAAUCCCAUCCUAACAGUUUAAACCGAAUUAAGAAAAAAAUUAAAACAAAUAAAAAUGCCAUUUAUAUAAAGCCUUUCAAGAGACCCAAAGACAGUGAACAUGAAUUUUUUUUCUGGGCAACAUGUUUACCUGUAGCGUUGGCUUGGAUAAUAGGAUUGGGCUGCUCAUACUGUAUAUACACAGUAAUUGCACUAAAAAAAAAAAAAAAAAAAAAAAAAAAUUAAACACGUUUGCAUUUCUGUUUCGACCAAAAAUAUUUGGGGAAAAAACGUGCGCGGAAAUGAAACAGUUAUGUGUUCCAGAUACACGAACUUUCGACCACAACUCUGUCCAAAAAGCAAGCCUUUGUCAAUGGUUGUCAUUUCCAGAAGCCAAAUCAUAACAAGGCAAAAAGGAUGAGAUCAAGACAAAAACUCACCUGGCCAUCAUGUGCAGCUCAUCCACAUAUUUAUUCAAACAUAUAUUACGUACGUUUAAUAUUGCUCAAGAAAUGAACCCACUGAUUGUCUACACGUCUACUGUACGUUUAGAAUGUUUGAUAUGUGUUUAAUAGUAGCAGGCGACACAAGUUCAGUGAAAAUAGAAGUGACCUUAGAGGUGGAACUCAAAAAUUGUCUGGGGGGCGGGGUUAGCUUGGAGGAAAUACAGUCGCUACGAAAUACUGUCUCAUAAAAUAAUGGUUAUCUUUCAUUCAAACAUGUAGUGCAAUAUGUCGAAAAUGGGUGAGCAUUUGAUACUUUUUUAUUUUUUAUUUGUAUGGUGACAUUCAUGAUAAUAUCCAUGCCGCGAGUUAAUAUUCAAAAACCUCCAAAAUGGCCGGCAUAAUUCAAUUUAUUCCUCGGAUUUAACGGAAUCAAUACAGGUCCGAAAAAAAACAAACACAUAUCUGGUCAAAUAUAACUAGAACUACUUAUAAAUAAUCUUUCGCUGUACAUUUCAGGAGUUUAUUUCUAUUCAACAUGGACGUUAUUUCUUGUCAGUUUAUAGCUUUAAGAGGACCAACCAAAACAAACAAAUUCCAGAAAUUCUUUUAUUAUUAUUAUUGUUUUAAAGACAUACACACAUUUCAAAUGCAAUGUUGAAUUCAACGUGUUGUUGUUGUUUGUGUUUGUGUGUCAAGCUGCUACUUAAUUGCAGAUGCGUGGAUGCUUCGCAGCCGUGCGAAGGCUCAAUCACGUUAGUAUUUGUUAAUAUUGACACAAAACAUCAAAUGUUACUACUACUCAAUAUGACUCGACUCCAAACUACCUUUAUUAAGCAGGAUAAAACAAUGAUAAAAUCAAGUUGAAACUUUGAAACAUGCGCCUUUUUUUUUUUUUUUUUCGUCUUGUGUAUCGCCACGCAUAACAUUUUCCUUUUCUUGCGCCUCGAUGUCCAUGUGGCCUGUCUUUGUGAAACCGGAUUUCAAGUAAAUGUUAGAAAAUGCUCCUCACUAUAGCAAAAACAAAACAAAGAUUUAUUCGAUUGUCUAUU